GACCUCAUCAAAUCUGCUUCUGCAAAAUCUUCUUUUUCCAAACUCUUGCAAGAUUUCCACCAAAUCACACGGGACUUACUCAAAUCUCACGAGGUUUUGUGCAAAAUCACGCAACGCUCUCAAAUCUCAUGAGAAUUCCACUAAACAACACGAGACUAUCAAACCUUGUGAGACUUCCACUAAAUCAUUUUCAACUUUUUUCAUUUUGAACAUAUAGUACAAAUAAUAAAGAAAUCUACAUAUCUCAUUUUGAACCACUGUGCACUGCCUGUCUGAGGAGUUAAAAGAAGUGAAAAUUUAGAACAAAAAGCUGUGAAUGUGUAACAUUAUAAUUAACAUGCCACUUCUGCGAAAUCUUAUGCUACAUCAUCCGAGACGUCCUCAAAUCUUGUGAGACUGCUGCAAAAUCUUACGGGACUUCCUCAGAUCUCACGAGAACAUCCCUCAAAAUCUUGCGAGGAUCAUGCAACGUCAUGCAUGUUUUUCCAAAUAAUCCCCCCCAAAAAAUCCAAAGAAAAAGCACCUUUAACAAAUGUUGAUGUUUUGAUGCCUGACUUCAGGGAAAGAACCGAUGCAUUGCGCCGCCAUUCAGUGGGGAAAUGACUUAUUGAUAUUAGCUCCCGCAGGAGAGACGCCAUCAUCGUCGCUCCACCAAUCAGCUGCAAGCACUUUCGUGUAAUCAAGAGUCCUCAUGGGCCGUUAGCUCGGCCGGGGACGAUUAAACACAACGAAUCUGCGCGCUCGUGCGAGCCGCCAACUCCGGCGGGACUGCGAAGCUGCCUUGUUUACUGAAAUCGGAUGAGAUCCAGUUCAAGAGCUGGAUUGCGGGGACUUUUUGAGACUUUUUUUGUCUGUUGGGGUGCCAUGAGAUAUUUCUUUUGUAAAAUGUGCCUUGGCUCAGCGAAGGCUGGGAAACACCUCCCCAUUGGUGCAAAUACGGAAAGUGCGUUUGCCAGUUUCACCUCCACAAUAAUGACACCAAACAACUUGAAACCAAACAAGACGAUUUAGUCUAACGAACAAAGUGGCUCGCCUCUUUUGUUAGGGAAUCCAAAUCUCUUCGAAGCAAAGAACAACAUGGUUCCGAGACAGUCUUCAGGUUUGCAAACGCUGGGAAACAGUUAUGCCCAAGUCUGGGUUGUCAUGGCAACAGCUGCUUCCACAUGGAGCGGUGGGGGGGGGGUUUGCUCUUCCAUGCAUACAUUUGAAAGUCGCCCGUGACAACAAAACAUCGGCAGGCAGGUUAUGUAAUCCAGCGGAAACGAGUGAGGGUCGCCAUGGCAACACAGCACCGAGAGAUGUUUUCUUGUCUUUUGCCCGCAGACGGACGCUCGCGCCAGCGCUGGCAUGGCUUCCGGAAAUGUCACGGAGGGAAUUAAUAACGGAAUCCAAUGAAAGGUGAACGCUGUAAAUGACGGAGGAAAUACGGCCGGGCAUCCCGUGCGGGUGCCAUCUGCCUUCGCCCGUCUCGCUGCCAAACACGGCGGAGGUGUCCAAGGACCUUCAUAUCUGCGGAAAUGGAUCUCCUGUGUCCAGAUUCCAUUUUUCAUCUCGACGCCUCGCCCUCAUUGACGUCGGCCCAUGCAGAUUGCGGCACAGCAAUCGCAAUCUACGAUCCCAAAACACUUCCAUAUCCUCUCAAAUGGACCUUACGACAUUAUCCUCAAAAGUGGACAAUUUGUCCGGAUGUGCUGAUGGAUGGAUGAGUGCGUUGAAGAAAGAGAGAACACGGCAUGCAUUGGAAGUGUUGUAUUGACACGUUGCAGAAAGUUAAAAUGCUGCAAAACGCCAAACGACACCUGGUUCUGUGGAAACGCGUCUUCAGCGACAUGGGACACAUAUGUCUGGAAUUCGAGUACCUGGACAAGAGUCUUUAUGACCUCAUGAGGGAGCGUCAAUUUAAACAUCUCCAAGUGAAGGACAUUCGACCCAUGGUCCAUCAGCUGGCCAGCGCUCUGGACCACUUGAAGUGCGCUCACAUGAUUCACGCCAACAUCAGUUUGAAGAACAUCAUGCUGAUCGACCACCAGCAGCAGCCGUACAGAAUCAAACUCGGCUUGGCUCAAGGCGCUUCGGUCACCAAAGAGAAUGCCAAUGUUCACAGCCACCCGUAUCGGUCUCCAGAGAUCUUACUGGGGGCUCCGUACACCGAGGCUACUGACAUGUGGUCUGUCGGCUGCGUGGCGGCUUUCCUCUACCUGGGCACUCACAUGUACCCUGGCAGGAAGGAAUACGAAACGAUAAAGUGCAUUAUGGAGACUCAAGGUCCAUUUCCAGAGGAUAUUCUUGUCUCUGGAGAGAAGACCUGUGACUUUUUCCAUGGUGACAAAAAAACGAUUACUUGGAGACUGAAGACGCCAGAACAUUACCAACAAGUGACAGGAUUCGCAGCACGAGACACCCGAAAGAUCAAGUUGACUUCUCUCAAUCAUCUUCAGCAACUCAGGCCUUGGUUUUUCGAUGCCAAGCACCCAGCCGAUAAGGAUGUAUACACAGACGACAAGCAGAUGUUUGUGGACAUGCUGAAGGGGAUGCUCCGCCUCAACGCGUCCCAGCGGCUGACUCCGCGUCAUGUCCUAGCACAUCAGUUCGUCACAAUGAGCCACCUGAAGCCUCAUCACGACGUCAGCCUGUAUGCAAAGUCGUGCUAUGAGUUGAUGUCCCACUGCGAGAAGGAAGCAGCUCACAUUAGCAAAAGGAAAUCUUCAACCUUGCAGAGAACGUCAUCAAAAAUCAGUCAGAAGAAGAGGAACUCCACCACAAGAGCUCACAAGAAGUCCCAUGAUGCAACAUACAAUCCCUCCAAAAGGCUAAAAACUGCAUCUGAAGAUUACCGCACCAAUCGACACCACCGGAAUAAUCAAGCCAAACAACCUGCUGGCGAAAGAAGCCUCUCCCUGACCUCGAAUCCCUCAAGACUGAGGUCGAAGGAUGCAAAGUACAUAAAGCUGAAAACCAGAUUUGCGGCACGCUUCAUGGAGGAGCAAAGCGCGAUGGAUGAGAAUCAGACUUUUCAAAGUGCUCCAGCUCGGAGCCACCACAACCCUGGACCAGGAACAAAAGCCUGGAUUUUGGGGAAGGAUCCUCCCAAAAGUGUACUGUAAUGACCAAAACGCAAAAUACGUUAGUUUUCAGUGCAAAUCAUGUAAAGACGUCACAAAAGCUAAACUCUCAUUUACGCACAGAUAAGAAAACAUCAACACUCGCCAACAGUUAAAGGGAUACAAACGAAAGCCUGGUUAAAAUUUCAAAUAAGGGUGAAAGGCUUCAAAGAAUUUUAAAUUAGCGCUUAAAUCCACGGUUAGGGUUUCAAAGUCCAAUUUUAGCGUUAGCGUUCGAAGUGACAUUUUCAAAUUGGGUUUUCAAGCUAGGCUUAGAGUUUAAAAGUAGAGUUUAAAGCCAUGUUUAGGUUUCAAACAAGGAUUAGGCUUCCAAGCCAGUGUUAGGGUUUGAAGUUGGGUUUUCAAACAAGGGUUAGUUUUAAAUUAGGGUUUGGGUUUCAAGGCAGUGUUUGAAGCCAGGUUUAGUGUUUCAUAGUAGGUCAAAUUAGGGCUUGAAGCCAGGGUUAAGUUUCGAAGUAGGGUUAGUGUUUCAAAAGUAGUGUUUGAAGCACAGGUUAGGACUUGAAAUUAGGGUUAGGGAUUCAAAGUAGGGCUUGAAGCCAUGGUUAGGACUUGCACCCCCAUCUAGUCCACUUAAAAGCUCAGCUGAGCUUUUUCAGCUGUAGUGCAUCUAAUUUAGCUGUAGUUGUUUUCAUUUCGCGGUAGGUCAACUCUUUUUGCUUCUCAUUUUGCUAUUGCUCAAGUCAUUCCGCUGUAGCUCAUCUCAUUUUAAAGCGGCGAGAACAUCUCGACCUGAUUAUCCUCCUCCCGAUCACACGAUGCAAUAGCAGUAGUUUUAUUUAUAUGGCAGAGGACGACACCCAAAUGCCACACGGGUGCGCUUGGGCCCGGCGGGUAGGCUUAGGUGGCGAGCAAAGGUGCUGAUCCAAACUGACAUUUGAAAAAGUGGCCCAAUGUGCAUUCACGCGGUUACACUUUGUUCUCUGAUGAAGAAGAGGAAGACACAAAAACACUUUGCCACUUCAGAUCAGAUCCGAUCACAUCACUUUUGACUGUACAGUGUCCGUUUGCUCACUCGUUGACAUAAUAAAGGCAAAGCUUCAAAUGUUAACAAAA